AAACAACGUUAAAGCAAUAUGUAAGCAAUUCAUCGAAGUUAAAUUGUCAAUUCAAUGCACCAUGCGCUUGGAUGAAUGCACCUGAUGAUGAUUUAUUGGAUACAUCGGAUUUUUAUUUAUUUGUCAAAACAAACAGUAAAUUAUUUCCACCACAAAUUCAACCAGGACCAUCGGAUCCAACAAAAG